AGGACUCUGGAGGAAGCUCUUUCUCCGCCAUGGCGGGACCGGUCAGCUUGCGAGAGCUGCUCAUGGGAGCGUCAGCCUGGCUGGGCUCCGAGAGUCCCGGAGGUGCCCCCGCUGAAGGCGGAGGGAACGCGACCGGCGCGCCGGAGCCUCCGUGGAAGGAAGAUGAGAUCUGCGUGGUGGGAAUCUUCGGCAAGACGGCUCUGCGCCUGAACUCCGAGAAGUUCUCUCUGGUCAACACUGUGUGCGACCGACAGGUUUUCCCCCUCUUUCACCACCAGGAUCCUGGGGAUCCCGGCCCUGGAAUCAAGACGGAAGCUGUCUCCUUCGGAGAGGCCGGAGGAGCCGGGGACCCGGGCGCUGCCGCCGGGGAUUCACUUCGUGGAGGUAUGGCUACGGCGGAAGGUAACCGAGCUGAGCCAGGUGCCCAGGACUUUAGCCUUCUGCAGGCUUAUUACAACCAGGAAAGCAAAGUUCUGUAUCUUAUUCUCACUUCCAUCUGUGACAAUUCACAGCUUCUGCGUGCUUGUCGGGCUCUCCAGAGCGGAGAAGCUGGUGGAGGCCUCUCUUUACCUCAUGCGGAAACACAUGAGUUCUGGAAGCAUCAGGAGAAGUUACAGUGUCUCAGUCUCCUUUACCUUUUCUCUGUCUGUCAUAUAUUGCUCCUGGUCCAUCCGACUUGUUCCUUUGACAUCACUUAUGAUCGCGUAUUCAGAGCCCUCGAUGGGCUGAGACAGAAAGUACUGCCCCUCCUCAAAACAGCUAUUAAGGAUUGUCCAGUUGGCAAAGACUGGAAGUUAAACUGCCGACCUUGCCCACCUAGACUCCUUUUCCUCUUUCAACUCAAUGGAGCCCUUAAGGUGGAACCCCCUCGGAGCCAAGAUACAGCUCAUCCAGAUAAGCCCAAAAAGCAUUCUCCCAAAAGGAGACUGCAGCAUGCCCUGGAGGAUCAGAUCUACAGAAUCUUCCGCAAGAGUCGAGUCUUGACUAAUCAGAGUAUCAACUGCCUCUUUACCGUACCUGCCAACCAAGCUUUUGUGUACAUAGUCCCAGGAAGCCAGGAGGAGGACCCAAUCGGCAUGUUGCUGGACCAACUUAGGAGUCAUUGUACGGUGAAGGAUCCUGAAUCUUUGUUGGUGCCUGCACCCCUGUCUGGACCUAGGCGGUAUCAAGUGAUGAGACAGCACAGCCGACAACAGCUUUCCUUCCACAUUGAUAGCAGCACUUCUAGCUCUUCCGGCCAGCUAGUGGAUUUUACUCUUCGAGAAUUCCUAUGGCAGCACGUGGAGCUGGUCCUAAGCAAAAAAGGUUUUGAUGACAGUGUGGGCAGGAACCCGCAACCCUCUCAUUUUGAACUUCCCACUUACCAGAAGUGGGUCUCAGCAGCAGCAAAACUGUAUGAAGUGGCUAUUGAUGGGAAGGAAGAGGACUUAGGCUCACCCACUGGGGAGCUAACCUCUAAGAUUUUAAGCAGUAUUAAAGUCUUAGAAGGGUUUUUGGAUAUAGACACAAAAUUCUCAGAAAACAGGUGCCAAAAAGCUUUACCCAUGGCUCAUAGUGCCUACCAAUCGAACUUGCCUCAUAAUUACACCAUGACAGUCCAUAAGAAUCAGCUUGCUCAGGCUCUUCGAGUAUACAGUCAACAUGCUAGAGGGCCAGCCUUUCACAAAUAUGCCAUGCAAUUGCAUGAGGACUGCUACAAAUUUUGGAGCAAUGGCCAUCAGCUCUGUGAAGAGAGGAGUUUGACUGAUCAGCACUGUGUACACAAAUUUCACUCCUUACCUAAAUCAGGAGAAAAACCAGAGGCGGAUAGGAACCCUCCUGUGCUCUACCACAAUAGCCGAGCCCGCUCCACCGGAGCCUGCAACUGUGGAAGGAAACAGGCACCUCGAGAUGACCCCUUCGAUAUCAAGGCUGCUAACUAUGACUUUUACCAGCUUCUGGAAGAAAAGUGUUGUGGAAAAUUGGACCAUAUCAAUUUCCCCGUCUUUGAGCCAAGUACUCCAGAUCCUGCUCCUGCCAAAAAUGAACCGUCUCCUGCCCCACCUGACUCAGAUGCCGAGAAACUUAAAGAGAAAGAGCCUCAAACCCAAGGAGAGAGCACAAGCCUGAGUUUAGCUUUGAGCUUGGGCCAGUCAACAGAUAGUCUAGGCACCUACCCAGCUGACCCACAAGCAGGAGGAGACAACCCAGAAGUUCAUGGUCAAGGAGAAGUAAAAUCUGAAAAGAGACCAAACUUGAUUGAUCGACAGGCAUCCACAGUUGAAUAUCUCCCAGGCAUGCUACAUUCAAAUUGCCCAAAAGGCCUCUUACCCAAAUUCUCCAGCUGGUCUUUGGUUAAACUAGGCCCAGCCAAAUCUUACAACUUUCAUACAGGUUUGGACCAACAGGGCUUCGUCCCAGGAACAAACUAUCUUAUGCCUUGGGACAUUGUCAUCAGGACUAGAGCUGAAGAUGAAGGAGACUUAGACACAAAUUCCUGGCCUGCUCCAAAUAAAGCUAUUCCUGGAAAGAGAAGUGCAGUUGUCAUGGGAAGGGGAAGGCGUCGGGAUGACAUAGCUAGAGCUUUCGUUGGCUUUGAGUAUGAAGACUCUCGAGGUCGGAGAUUCAUGUGCUCAGGGCCUGACAAAGUCAUGAAAGUGAUGGGAAGUGGACCAAAGGAAUCCGCUUUAAAAGCCCUGAACAGUGAUAUGCCCCUGUACAUUCUGUCCUCAUCUCAGGGCAGAGGGCUAAAACCACAUUAUGCUCAACUUAUGAGGCUUUUUGUCGUGGUUCCUGAUGCUCCUUUGCAGAUAAUACUGAUGCCACAGGUUCAACCAGGCCCACCACCAUGUCCAGUAUUUUACCCAGAAAAACAAGAAAUCACCCUCCCACCUGAUGGCCUUUGGGUUUUGAGAUUUCCUUAUGCAUAUGUGACUGAGAGGGGACCUUGUUUUCCUCCUAAGGAGAAUGUGCAGCUAAUGAGCUACAAGGUGCUUCGGGGAGUUCUGAAAGCAGUGACACAAUAAGUUUUCCAGCCGUUCAGUCCUAGACUGGAGCUGUCUGUCUUGUUUUUUUUUUUUUGUCUUAUCUUGUUUUUUAUAUGUGUGAGAUUUUGUUUUUAAAUGUGUGUUCUGUGUUUCCCUGAAACCAAAAUGUGUUUUGGUUAGAAGUAUUCAGUAUUUGGACAAUAAUUGUUCUAUCAUUUCAUUAUAUUGGUAUUUAUUGUAAAGUUAAUAAAAGUUUGUUGUCCUAAAAAAAGGAGUACAAAAUG